AUGGUGGCGUCUGCUUCUCACUCUGACGUGCUCGAGCUCGCGGUGGAAGGCAUGAGGUGCAUGAGGAACUGCGGGACCAAAGUCCAGAAAGCGCUUCGCAGCGUCGACGGCGUGGCGUCUGCAGUCGUUAACUUCAAAGAGCGGAGCGCUCGUGUCGUGUGCGUCUCGGGGGUUCAAGUGGCAGCACGUGAUUUGGUGGACGCCGUCGAGAACGUUGGCUUCAAAGCAGCACUCAAGGCACGAGCUGGGCAUGAAGAGUCCAGGACAACAACGCGUGACCCCCUGACGCUCGAGCUGCUGGUGCAAGGCAUGAUGUGCCAGAAGAACUGCGGCUCGACGGUCGAGAACGCGCUGCGAAGCGUCGAUGGCGUGGCCAGCGUCGUCGUGAGUUUUGCUGACCGCAAAGCCACCGUGACACUGCAACACGCAGGCAGUGGCCCGACCUUGGACGACCUCGUGGACGUGGUGGAGUGUGUGGGCUUUGACGCCAGUGUCUAUGACGCUGCCAAGGCUGCAGCCGUCAAGCUGCAAGCUCAGAAGGACAAGCAGCUGCAAGCGGAGAUGGAGGACGUGGCGCUUGACGUGCCAGACGCGGCUGGCCAUCCACGCGCUGUGUUUCACGUCGAAGGCAUGAGCUGUGCAGCGUGUGUCAAGGCCAUUGAGGACCAUCUGAGCAAGACGGCGGGCGUGUUGUACUGUCGUGUGGGACUCAUAAGUCAGAAGGCCGAGGUGUCCUUUGAUCGUGACUUGAUCGAGGACGGAGAGCGCGUGAUCCAGACGCUCAUUCAGGACGCCGGCUACAAGGCGACUUUCUCGCACGUGGUGGAGCCGGGCGACGCGGACUCGCUCGAGCUCCAGUUCGCCGUCACGGGCAUGAGCUCCGCGGCGUGUGUGGACAGGAUCGAGUCGGCUGUGGGCGACCUGCCAGGAGUGACCAAGGUACUGGUCGGUCUGCUUACGAACAAGGCGCACGUGCAUCUAAAGCAGUUGUCCAAGACAGGUCCACGCGACGUGCUGGAGUGCAUCACCAGUCUCGGCUAUGCAGCCGACGUGGCGGUCAAGACGACGGACCAGAACGCGCUGAGCAAGUCGGAAGUGGAAAAGUGGCGCAGGCUGCUGACGACGGCCAUGAUCUUCGCGUUGCCGGCCAUGCUCAUCCACAUGGUGCUCAUGUACAUUCCUGCAGUGGAGAUGGUCCUCAUGACACCCGUGUUCAACGCCGUGUCGAUCAAGAUGCUGCUGUUGUUCGUGCUGGCGACGCCCGUGCAGUUUGGUGUGGGCUGGCGGUUCUACGUCGCAGCGUGGAAGGGUCUGCAGCACGGCGUCAUGGGCAUGGACUUCCUCGUCGUGUCAGGCACGACCAUGUCGUACACUUAUAGCUUCGUGUCGCUCAUCGGGUCGACAGUGAGCGAGCACUACCACGGCCGCCACUUUUUCGAGUCAUCGGCGAUGCUGCUGACGUUUGUGACGCUUGGCAAGUACAUGGAGUCGAUGGCCAAAGGCAAGACAGCCGACGCUCUAUCUGAGCUCGCGAGUUUGCAGCCAAAGACUGCGUUGCUCAUCAAGGAGGGCGAGCGUGAUCGCGAGAUCCCGAUCGAGCUCGUGCAGCGUGGAGACUUGCUCCGGAUUCUUCCGGGCGCGAACAUCCCGACGGAUGGUGUGGUGAAGUUAGGGUCGAGCUCAAUCGAUGAGUCGAUGCUGACUGGAGAGAGUAUGCCGGUGGCCAAGAAAGAAGGCGAUCAUGUGUUUGGAUCGACCGUGAACCAGCAGGGCGCGUUGGUCAUCAAGUCGAGCUGCAUGGGCGGCGAGAGUUCGGCGUUGUCGCAAAUCUGUGCUUUGAUCGAGGACGCGCAGCUGAACAAAGCUCCGAUCCAGGCGUACGCAGACUGGUUGGCCUCGAUCUUUGCCCCGUGCGUCCUCGGGUUGUCGCUCAUGACGUUCAUCGCGUGGAUCACUCUUCUUCGUUUGCGGCUCGUUCCAAUGGAGUGGAGGGUCGGUCUUGGAGUCGAGACGUUGAGCGAUCGCUCGGAAGACUUGUACGUGGCAGUUCUGUAUGCGAUCUCGGUCGUCGUCAUUGCGUGCCCGUGUGCGUUGGGGCUAGCUACACCCACUGCCGUCAUGGUUGGUUGUGGUAUUGGGGCCAAGCAGGGUGUCCUCAUCAAAGGUGGGCGCGCACUUGAAACGGCUCGCUUCAUCGACACGAUUGUGUUCGACAAGACUGGUACGCUGACCGUCGGCCGUCCGUCCGUGCGCGAUGUAGUGGUGGCUGACCGCAAGUACACGCCGCGUGAACUUUUAUACUACAGUGCAUCUCUUGAGUGUGUAAGUGAGCACGUUCUUGGCAAGGCUAUCGUGAUGACAGCAACCGAGCAGGAGAAGCUGGAACUGCACGAUCCGAGCGACGUGCACGUGGUGUGUGGACGUGGAAUUGAAGGCACAGUCGCAGCUAGUGCGGUCACGUCUCGCGACACUCCCGUGAACGUGUUGGUUGGCAACUCGGAGUACUGCGAGGCGAAAGGCAUUGAGAUCAGCGACAAGAUGCGUGCUCACAUGCACGAGCUGGAGCUGGAGAGCAAGACCGUGGUAGUCGUGGUGUGGUGGCAAAGAAGCUCGUGGGCUUGA